AUGAAAACCACACACUUGCUUACUAUCUUAUCCUUGUCCGUGAUUCAUUCCGUCGCCGGUUCGGCAAUAUCAAGACAAUGGAACGAUAACGAUAACAACCCCGUCUCCAGAAGAACAAGGUCUUGGAAUGAAACCACCGUCGCUGACCCGGCAAUAACAAGAUCUUGGAACGAAACAACCCCUGCCAAAUCAAGAAUAACAAGAUCAUGGAAUGAAUCUAAUUCCGUUAUCGCUCAGGGGCCAGUUCUCAACAACACUCAACUUGCAAUAUUGCUAGUGUCACUACAAGAUUUCAAUGCUCAUAACCUCGGACCAAGUUUUGCCGUUGGGGCAAAACCACGUUCCGAUGCUUUUGAUUUAUUGGAAAAGAGAUCUGAAAUGCCGUUAUUAGACACAAUAUUGCUGACUCUUAACAACACUGGUGUUGCAUUAACUGUGAUUGAUUUUGUUUUGUUACGUCCAGAGUUAUUGGAUAUUGUGAUUCAAACAACAAUUUGGGUUAUAAAAUUAAGAAUGAUUAACUUGACAGAUUUGAUUAUUGCUUUACAAAGAUCUAAUUUGAUAAUAGAUGUAUUAACGUUAAGUUUAGAAGAUUCUGAGAUUUUGCCUGGCUUGAUCAACAUUACUACUGAAAUUUUGAAGCAGAGUGGUUUGGACUUAGGUUUAUUAAGUAAACGGUUGGAUGUCGAACCUAUUAAUGCAAUCAAUUCAACGAUUCAUGAUAUAAGCAAGAGAGAAAAUGCAUUGUUGGAUCAGUUGUUUACUUCAUUAAGAGAUUCUGGGUUGGCAGUUUCUGUUGUGAAGCACUUAUUGACUACACCUGAAUUGGCGGCACCAAAUGCACAUUUUCUUGUUCUGAUUUUGCAAUCUCAUGCCCUUAGCUUGACUGAUUUGAUUACAGCUUUGAAAGAGUCCAAUUUGAUAUGGGAUCUCAUUAGACAGUUGUUGGGGGACCCACUGAUCAUCAUUGAGUUUGGGGGUGCGAUUGUUCAACGAGUUGCCCAAGGCUUGAUUCCCAAAGAGUUGAUUACAGGAGUGUAA